UUCCAUUUUAUCAUUUCUAUCCCACUAUACACACACUUCCCCCUAAUUUCUAGCUCUCUAUUACCCUUUAAAGCACCACUCACUUUCAUGCUCUGUUUCUUCAUCAAGCAAUAGAGCAUGGAAAAACUCACCAUUUGUCUUCUCCUCUUCGCCUUUUCCUUUUCCCUUUUCUCCUCCAUUGCAGAUGCUGGUUCAAUUGGGAUAAACUAUGGCCGUGUAGCUAACAACUUACCAUCAGCAGUUAAAGUUAUAGCACUGUUGAAAUCUCAAGGCGUGGAGCGUGUUAAGGUCUACGAUACUGACCCUGCUGUGCUCAAAGCUCUUUCUGGAUCCGAUAUUAAAGUUACUGUAAAUCUGCCUAAUGAGCUUCUCUACAAUGCUGCUAAAAGGCCGUCGUUUGCUUACUCAUGGGUGGAGAAAAAUGUUGCUGCUUAUUACCCAUCCACCCAAAUCGAAUCCAUUGCUGUUGGAAAUGAAGUUUUUGUUGACCCACAUAACACAACCCGUUUUCUUGUAUCCGCCAUGAAGAAUGUUCAUCAAGCUCUUGUUAAAUUUAAUUUCCAUGACAAAAUUAAAAUCUCUUCUCCGGUUGCUCUGAGUGCUUUGCAGAACUCUUACCCUUCUUCAGCUGGGUCGUUCCGAUCCGAAUUGGUUGAACCUGUCAUUAAGCCCAUGCUGGAUUUCCUCCGGCAAACGGGAUCUUAUCUAAUGGUGAACUGUUAUCCCUUUUUUGCUUAUGAGUCCAAUUCCGAUGUUAUUUCUCUUGAUUACGCUUUGUUCCGUGAAAACCCCGGCGUUGUUGACGCCGGUAACGGACUUCGUUACUUCAGUCUGUUUGAUGCCCAAAUCGACGCUGUUUUUGCUGCAUUGUCGGCUUUGAAGUACAACGAUAUCAAAAUGGUGGUAACGGAAACUGGCUGGCCAUCUAAAGGAGACGACACCGAAAUCGGCGCUUCCGUCGACAACGCCGCGUCGUACAACGGAAACCUCGUCCGGCGGAUACUUAUCGGUGGAGGAACCCCUUUGAGACCGAAAGAAGACCUCACCGUCUUCCUCUUCGCUCUUUUCAACGAGAACAAAAAACCGGGUCCAACUUCCGAGAGAAACUUCGGGUUGUUCUACCCAAAUGAGCGAAAAGUUUACAACAUACCAUUAACAAUGGAAGGUUUAAAGCAUUACGUUGACCGGCGGUCACCGGCGGCCGGCGAGCAGAGAACGCAGAAAGGCGGGAAGGUGAAUGUGUCAGGGCAAACAUGGUGCGUAGCGAGUGGAGAAGCGGAGAAGGAUCACCUACAAGCAGCUCUAGAUUAUGCUUGUGGUGAGGGUGGAGCAGAUUGCCGUUCGAUUCAACCAGGUUCCACGUGUUACAAUCCUAACACGUUAGAGGCUCAUGCAUCAUUCGCUUUUAAUAGUUAUUAUCAGAAAAAAGGCCGUGCGAUGGGUUCGUGUUAUUUUGGUGGGGCCGCAUUCAUUGUUCAUCAACAACCUAAGUAUGGACACUGUGAAUUACCAACUGAAGAAUGAGUAGAGGGGUGGGGAUAGACUGAAUUUUGAUAACAGCAGCUAGCUCUAAUUUAUUGUGUAGCUACUUUCAGUUCAGACUAUUCAUUUGUAACUCAUUAAUUAGUUGGUGUUUGACAUCACCUAACUAGCUACUAGUAUAUGUUGCUAUAUUUUGGUUUUUCUGUUUAUAUGCAAAUUUCAUUUCUAAUGCUUUAA